CGAAUGCCGAAUUCAUCAGCACCCUCAACUGAUUCGUUGACGAUAUUAUAUGGUGAAAGAUACCGGCUUGUCUGUGUCACAAAUUUAAAGUCACAUAUUUUUAAAUGGAGUCUGGCGGCAUGAGGAUUGAUCGCUAUCAGAUUACCAACAUUUGAUUCAAGACCUCACAUCAAAUGCAUUCAUGAAUCGCAGUGCGGCAUGUGAAGCUAUAGCCCGUGGAGGGGAUCAGUUUUUGUCACGGUGGCUCGCUCCCGUCGUCUGAGCCUGUCGCGGUGGCGCGCUCAAGGACACAGCAGACACGUGAGCGCGCGGCGUCAUUUAGCAUGGAUGGGAACCACCAAGAGGGACGCGAAUGAAAGGCCAGUCCUCUGUCCUCGCUCCUACAAGCAGCAGCCUCACAGAUAGACGGCGAUACUAGCCUGCAAGAAGAGUGCUGUCAAGAGAGUUUUCUCACAUGGAAAACAUUUAAUCAGUGCUACCCAGCCGAUGCUGCAUCUUGUUUUCAUACCUCCAUUGUCCCAGUGCAAACGACCAGCUGAUAGCGUCGACUUUUUACUGAGAGCUGUCCAACAAAAGCCACUGAUAACAGCACUGCACUCAACUUGAUUGGUUACAACUAGAUGUCACUACACUGAAGAGAAGGCUUUGGAGAAAUAAUUAUUGUUUUUCCUCUUCAUCCUUGAAGUUUUUGAUUCUUAGUUUUUUGUUUGAUCAAGUGCAAUCAUGGGGGCCACGGGUUAUGGCUACUACCGCAUGGUCAUCUUCUUUUGCAUGUUCAGCGGCUACUCGCUGUACUUCUUCAACAGGAAGACCUUCUCCUUCGUCAUGCCCUCUGUGAUGGAGGAGAUUAAACUGGACAAAGAUGACCUGGGUCUGAUCACCAGCAGCCAGACCAUGGCCUAUGCCAUCAGUAAGUUCAUCAGCGGUGUGCUGUCAGAUCAGAUCAGCGCCCGCUGGCUUUUCUCUAUCGGCCUCCUCUUGGUGGGGGGCAUCAACGUAGCCUUCUCCUGGUCCUCCACCGUACCCAUGUUCUCACUGCUCUGGUUCAUCAACGGCCUGGGACAAGGCUGUGGCUGGCCCCCGUGUGGGAAGGUCCUGCGCAAGUGGUUUGAACCCUCCCAAUUUGGAACAUGGUGGUCUGUACUGUCCUGCAGUAUGAACCUGGCUGGGAGUCUGGGUCCAAUCCUGAUAACAGUGCUCCUGCACUACUACGACUGGAGGACUAUCCUGACCAUGUCAGGCAUUUUCUGUGCCGCCUUCUCGUUCGUUUGUCUGGUGUUUAUAAAGAAUGAGCCCAAAGAUGUGGGCCUGCCCAGCAUCGAGGCAGCAGCCAAGAAGGGGGCUAAGGGAGGCAACGGUGAGAGCACCCUGAGUGAGUUCCUCCUCUCCCCUUUCCUGUGGGUGCUGUCUCUGGGCUACUUGGUGGUGUUCGGGGUGAAGACGGCAGCCACUGACUGGGGACAGCUGUUCCUCAUGCAGGAGAAAGGCCAGACUGCUCUCAUGGGCAGUACCUACAUGAGUGCCUUGGAGGUGGGUGGUUUCGCAGGCAGCCUCGCAGCAGGUUUCCUCUCUGACAGAGCUGUAGCUCGGCAAGGCUUGGGCACCCACGGCAACCCUCGCCAUGGCCUGCUCAUUGUCAUGAUGGCUGGUAUGUGUGUGUCAAUGUACCUGUUCAGAGUCACCAUCACACCGGAAAUCCCAAAGGAGGCUCCUCUUUGGGUCCAAGUCAUCCAUCCUGUCUCUGUCCUCCUUGGCGUGUCAGAAAAAGAGAUUUGGAUCCUCUUCCUCGGUGCCAUGUUUGGAUUUUCCUCUUACGGACCAAUUGCCUUGUUUGGGGUGAUAGCCAGUGAAAGUGCUCCCUCAAAUUUUUGUGGAACCUCUCAUGCUGUUGUAGCUCUGAUGGCUAACGUGGGGGCUUUUAUGGCAGGACUUCCCUUCAGCACUAUUGCCAAACAGUACAGCUGGGACGUUGCUUUCUGGGUAGCCGAGGUGAUAAUGGCCAUCGCCACUGUUGGGUACUUCCUCGUACGCAACAUACGCACCAAAAUGGGACGGAUUGCAGAGAAAAUGGACUGAUGUAUCUUCCUGAAAUGAGCCAACUGUCGAUGUCCUGUCAUGUGACCUGACAUGGCGGACUGUGUUCUUGCAGUUAUGAAGGCUCUGUAUACAGAAUACUGCACAUUAUUAUAACUCCAGUUUGACCAAACAAAACCACUGUCGAACACAGACUAAUUUGGUUGUUGUAGUCACUCAGGGUGGGUGUAGGUCAUUAAAUCACUUUAAUUCCUCAAUCAGGCACUUUUACCACCCAUACUUGGAUUUUUUCCUCAUAUUCAGCAGAACAAAGACAGUAGAUCAUAAUUGUUUGUCAUAAGCUAAUAUUUUAGUUCUUCCACUGAUUCAUAAAAGCAGUUUCAUGUAGGGAUGUGUAAAACUGCUUUAUCACAGCUGUAUGCUGAAGAGAGUAUGGACAUGAGGAUGUGAGGUUUUGUUGAGAUGAAGUAGUAGCUGCUCACGGCAUACAUUGCCUUCAGUGGAGGUCAGUUAUAUUUAAUUUAUUGAAUGUUUACUGAUGAGGUCCGUACAUUCUAGACUAUUAUUUGUCUAGAUGUUUACACAAAUGUGGUAGCAUGUGUCACUGUCAUCAUUCAUUUUACCUCAAGUAUUUGUAAAAAUAUAAUAGCUUCAUUAUUUCACUUAAAGAAGUAAUCCUGGAACAUGUUAUUUUUAUACACAGUUCUGUGCUACAUGAUACAGAGCAACACUUUGAUGCAGUCUUAUGUCGUGUCAGCUUUUGAGAUCUGACAUGUUUUUAAGGAUUGAAAUCAAAUAUUUGCUACAUGACUGUUUAAUCACUGAUAUUGUAGUCGAAUACAACAGUUACAACUCUGGACUCUCUAAAAUCUGUGAGUUUUAAUGGGUCUACACUCAGUGCCACUUUGGCAUAUUUCUAUCUUACUGGAAUUGUACAAUGAACUUGAAACAGUUAAGGAGAUCUAAUAAAUGUGAAGUUUA